AUGAUCUCAACAUGUUCUAGAAUUGACAAUUUAACUUCUCCUAGCAGUCAGAUAACUGACCUUUGUGAUUUGGGUUCAAAUGUAAUCGUUUAUGACAAAAACAAUACAGCAUAUAGAAAUAAGUAUUGUGUGAUGUGUAAUGAAUUAGAUGAACAAUCACUGUUUUGUGAACCUAUGCCUAAAAUAUAUUACAGAUUGAACACUGUACCUAGUUAUCGUCUACUCGUAGAUUUUAAUUCGCACCAGUAUAAAACAACAAAGGAAGGAAAUGAAGUUACAGAUUCAUUCGAAGAAUGCUCAAGUCAACAUGAAGAAAUAUAUGAUCCGGUAUCAAAAACAUGUAGGAAAUUGCACUGUCCAUCAACUUUCACUGCAAUUAAAGGAAAAUGUGUCCGAAAUAAUAAUUUUCCUAACAACACAAACACAAUGAAAAGUCAAUGUGCAUUUAUCAAACUGAAAUCGGAUGAAUAUGAAAUACUGAAUUUAACACACAUUUUAGUGUUAUCCUUAAACAAGACUGUCGGGUCAUCUCUUCUUUUUAGAAACGGCUCUGAAAUUUACGUUUGUGAAGAAAUGUUUACAAGGCAAGCGAUUAGACAUAUUUCAAGUUAUUUUGGUGUUAUUGAAAACUAUGUCUCUUUCGGUGGCAUAAUUUGUUCAAUAGCAUCUUUAGUACUAACGCUUUUAGUUUACAUAAUGCUUUCAGAACUACGCAAUAUUCCUGGAAAGAAUUUAAUAAGUUUAAUGAUAGCACUGCUUUUAGCACAACUUCUUUUUUUAUGUUCAAAUCAGGCUGUUGACAAUUACAAGGCGUGUAAGGCCUUAGCUAUCAUUAUCCACUACUGUUUUCUGGCAUCUUUCAGUUGGAUGAAUGUUAUAGCCUACGAUUUGUUCAGAACAUUUUCACAUUCAUGUCAACUUGGCCGUUUGUGUACUCACAUGUCGAAAGUGUUCUACCGUUACAGUGUGUACGGUUGGUUAAUACCUGCAGCAAUCGUUACACCUGCUGUUUUGUUGGACAUUUUCAGUAUCAAUAAUAACCAAUUUAAACCAAGAUAUGGAGAAAAUGUUUGCUGGAUUUCUUCAAAGAAUGCUUUAAUUUUGUUCUUCGUAGGACCCCUAGCAGUCUUCAAACUGAUUGAUUUUGUAGGAUUCAUAUGUACGUCGUUUUAUAUAUCAAAGACAAGGCGACAAGGGUCGAUGGCAAGACAGUAUAAUGUAUGUUCCUGUUUGCUAUACUUGAAAUUGUCUCUUAUCAUGGGACUUACCUGGUUGUUUGCCUUUGUGGCUGUAUUUUCUAAUGAUACAAUAAUGUGGUAUCUUUUUAUCAUUUUUAAUACACUACAGGGUGUUUUCAUUGCUUUGAGCUUUCUGUGUACUAAGCGAGUUAUAAAACUAAUUUCUGGAAAGUUAGAAAGGAGGCAGAAUGUCGAUUCGUCAUCUGGGACACUCAUAAUGCAGUUAAAAAGAUCAAACAUAGAAUAA